GAACAACGAAUUAUGAUCCGAAGUCGAGGUAAAGAAGUAUCAACUCCGUUUGUUACACCACCUCUUCUAAAUUAUCCAGCUACUCUUAUUAAUUAUAUUACUCUUCCUCCUUUUUCAGAAAAAGUAGUUGAAGCAAAAGUUCAACCCAACAAUAUGACUGAUGUGUUAUUUGAACCAAAUCCUCGAUUAAAAAAUAAAGCAUUAUUUACUGCCAAUGCAUUACUCAAUAUUGAAAAUAGAACAAUAAAAAUUAGUAUAAUUAACGCAACCAAUCGACAACAAACGCUGUCCGAAGGAACCAAAUUAGGUAUAGUGACACAAGUAUCUUCUACAAUUGGUGUCACCAUGUCAUCAAAUUAUGUAACAGAACGCAUUCCGGAAGGAAAAGCGUGUAAAGAGCUCAUUCCUGAAGGGAAAGGAGCGAAUAAAUCCAACAAAUUAAAUUUUAAUAAUAUGCCGACUACAAAAUUACAUGGAAAACAAUACCAAUGUCGUGAAUGUUAUCAAUAUUUUAAGACUGGCAAUGAAUUAUUUAAACACCUUAGAAACAAAUGUUAUCCUGAAGAAAUAAGACAGCAAAUAAACAAAUUAACCGAACAUAUUAGUGAUGAUAAACAACGAGAACAAAUUUUAAAAAUUUUAUGGAAAUAUGGAAAAUUAUUUGAUAUUAGGAGACCAUCAAAAAUUGAUAUUGUUUUAAAAAACGCUAUUGAUACUGGUACACAUCGACCAGUCCAUACUCCACCAUAUAGGAAAUCGAACAAAGAUCAAGAAAUCUUAAGGAAAGAAACAGAAAAAUUAUUAAAAAAUGGAAUUAUUGAACAUUCAACAUCUCCAUGGUCGUCACCAGUUGUAUUAGUAAAAAAGAAGGAUGGAACAACAAGAUUUUGCGUCGAUUAUCGUCGCUUAAACCAAAUUACAACAAAAGAUGCUUUUCCUCUACCAAGAAUUGAUGAUAUUUAUGACCAGUUAACAAAAGCAGCAUAUUUUACAAAAUUCGAUUUCAAAGCAGGUUAUUUUCAAGUACCAUUAGACAAAUCAGAUCGACCAAAAACAGCAUUUUCAACUCGAGACGGACAUUUUCAAUUUAAAGUAUUACCACAAGGUCUUACUAAUGGACCACCAACAUUCCAACGUAUUGUUAAUCAAAUAUUGGGUCCGAAUAGGUGGAAACAUGUACUCGCCUAUAUCGAUGAUAUUAUUAUUUACUCACAAAAUUUUAAUGAACAUUUAAAACACAUUGAAGAAGUAUGUUCAUUAUUACAGGAAGCAAAUUUUAAAUUAAAUGUUGAAAAAUGUGAAGUUGCAAGACCAGAAAUAUUAUUUCUUGGACAUGUAAUUAAAGCUGGUACCAUUAAA